AUGGAUUUUAAUUCUUCUCAACUUUCAUACCAAAGUCUAGAAUCCCAUCUCAACUCAUGGGAAGAGUUAUUUUUGUUCGACAACCUUCCCUUGAACAAUGCAACAAAUGAAUCGUCCUUGGACUCCAAAUCCUCAUCCUCCAUUGGAGAAAUGGAGUUACAAGAGCACACCUCUGGUAUUACACAUGAUGGUUCAAAUCCACAACCUGUAUCAAUAGCCCCAACAACGAAAGAGAAGAGACCCUAUAGAGGAGUAAGAAGAAGGCCAUGGGGAAAAUUCGCAGCAGAAAUAAGAGACCCUACAAGAAAUGGUGUUCGAGUAUGGAUUGGAACAUUUGACACUGCUGAAGCAGCUGCUAUAGCUUAUGAUCAAGCAGCUUUCUUGACAAGGGGUGUUCUUGCUACCCUUAACUUUUCAGCACAAGUGGUGGUGGAGUCCCUCCAUGACAUGGGUUUCAAGGCACUGAAAAAUGGUGUCUCGCCCUUGCUGGAACUCAAAAGGAUGCACGUGAUGAGAACGAAAUCUAGGGUUAGAAGGAGUGGUGGUAAAAAGGUUAAAAGGGGUUGCAGCAACGGGAAAUUGGAGGCUGCUACUGAAAGUGUGUUGGUGUUGGAGGAUUUGGGUCCUGAAUACCUCGACCAACUUUUGAGCUUCACUUCCCCUGGUUCUUGGUGCUGA